AUGAGGCUCAAGAAACAACUCUUUCCAAAUCCCUUGCUGGCUGAAUCUUUGGGUGCUCUACAGGCUAUUAAGCUGGGUUUGGACCUUGGUCUUCAUCAGGUUGUUAUAGAGGGGGAUUCUUUGCAAGUAACAAAUGCCUUACAGAAUGACAAAGAAGCUUGGUGCAAAGCUACAACGAAUGGAUUCAGCUCUAAUAAUUUCCUUGGGGAAGGAUGUUUUGGGUCAGUAUACCAAGGAACACUUUCAGAUGGGAUGAAUAUUGCAAUCAAAAUUGUGAACUUGCAAGUGAAAGGGGCAUUCAAAAGUUUUGAUGCAGAGUGUGAGGUGCUACGAAAUAUUUGUCACCGAAAUCUUGUCAAAAUCAUCACCAUUUGUAGCAAUAUUGACUUCAAAGCCAUUGUAUUGGAAUACAUGCCUAAUGGAAACUUAAAGAAAUGGUUGCACUCUCAAGAUUACUAUCUGAAUAUCUUACAAAGGCUCAAUAUCAUGAUUGAUAUCGCAUCAACAUUAGAAUACCUUCAUCAUGGUCAUUCAACAACAAUUAUUCAUUGUGAUCUAAAACCUAGCAAUGUCUUAUUAGAUGAAGAAAUGGUUGCACAUGUUGCCGAUUUUGGCAUGGCCAAACUCUUUGAUGAUAGGGACUCUAAGAUGCAGACCAUGACUCUUGCUACUUUAGGGUACAUGGCACCAGGCAUGCUCCCAACAUUGCAGGAGAAAAGCAAAUUGGGGUUGAAGUUGGGAAUCUUGGCAAUCCUGGUUUUUGCAGCUUGGGAUCAUCACAAAGAUUCAGAACAGGAAAGUAAGAGAAGAGAAGCGUUAUUGAAUUUUUCAAGAAAUUUGACAUCUUGA